UUGAAACCUUGUCAGCAUUUCCUAGAACUAGGCUCUACAAUGGAAACGAUUGGCAAAUCUCUGAAGGAAGCUCUCAAGUCUGCCCAGUGUGAGGAUCGCCUCACUGUUGGUGUCUAUGAAAGUGCCAAAAUAAUGAAUGACGACCCAGACAGUGUGUCUUUCUGUGUCCUGGCAACCGAUGAGGAGUGGGAGUGUAAUAUUGCUCUCCAGAUCCACUUCACCCUCAUCCAGUCUUACUGUUUUGACAACGACAUCAGCAUUGUCAGAGUGAAUGACAUGCAGCGCCUGGCCGAGAUUGUUGGUGACAAGGCUGGCCAGCUUGAAGAUGCCCACUGCUGUCUCAUCACGAACUCAGCUGAUGGUUCUUGGGAGGACCCUGCUUUGGAGAAGCUUCACUUGUUCUGUGAGGAGAGCCACAGUCUGAACGACUGGGUUCCAGAGAUCACCCUCCCGAAACGCUGAUUUGGGACUUUACUCUUCUCUCUUGAGAUGCUGUAAACCUUCAACCUAUAAGGAAAUACUCAUCCUUUUACAGGAUGACACUGUUUCUCAUCCCUGGAUACUCCUGAGGAGGAUUCUGAUCCAGGCAUCGCGUGGCCGGCCCGAAUGGGCCCCCGUGAUUUCGUCGUCUCUAGUCCCGUCCAUGCCAAGAUGACUUCCAUUCUUUAUGUGAAUGAGGUCAGGUAUGCCACAAGAGCGACAAAACGGCCCUCAUUCUUUGUGUGGAUGAGGUUUGGAGAGAAAGGAGGAGCGAGUUCUGCAUCCUGUGUUUCACAAGAGUGAACGUCGCACGUUGAAGCACGCGCAGUAGGAGAAGAAGCGGUGCCAAGAAGAAGCAUUCUUAAAAACGGAUUUUUUAAAAAUGUCUUCUUGCUGAGCGGCAAUAACAACCGUUACAUUCAGCGAUAUACUUCCAACUUUCCGGAAUUGUCUUAAUUCUCUGAAGGUUUCACUUUAGAUGAUUUGAAUAUGACAAAAACUCAAAAAAGAAAGGAAACAAGAAAUGUACUGUAAUGCUCUGAAGGUUUUACUUUAGACAUUCAAUAUGAGCAUUUAUUAUCGAAAAUGCUACAAUGUUAAACUCCUGAUUGCAUUAAAAAAAAAAGAUUUAUUGUUCAAUGAAAUGUUUUACUGUUGAAUUCCUGAUUGUCAAACUAAGA